AUGUCGUCAUCGUCAAGCAAUCAUCGUAAAGGUUUGGAUAAACCGUCUUUCGAUAGAAAUCAAUUUAUGACGAAACGCCACGAUUCGAAUAGUGCAACAAAUGAAAAAUCAGAAAAUAAUGAAAGUAUGUCUACUGUUAAAAAACCUGAUGCUUCAGUCUCUACGAAUGCGCAUCGUAAAUUUGAUGCAUCAAAACACCAAAAUGUGGAUGGGCAAGAUAAAGGAUCUGACGAAUCCUACGUACGUGAAUACAAAGAAUUUGCUGGUGUAACAAUAAUAAUUAGAACCAUUGUUAAUCCAAGAGCGUUUGCAAGCUUAGAUCCAAAUUCAAAAUCUAAUAUACUAGCAAUGCGACGAAAAUCUGAUCUUUCACAAAGUCAAGCUAAUACUCAAGACAAAGUUGAACACACUGAAAAAGCAGACCAUGCAGGAACAAAUACUCCUACAGUUACAUCGAAGUCUGAUACUUCAUCAAACAACUCUCACGAUUCGGCAGCCGGUGACAAACAGCAUUGA